UGACUGUGGACUUUGUCCUUCUCCUUUAUGAGGAAGUCUUGGGCGCAUAUUGUCGAAGAGCAGGAUUAAAAUAUGAGCUUAAUAUGUACUAAAGCGUAAACAAUAUACAGAAAAAGUAAGAGCUACACUGAACUGCCAAGAGUUAAAGGUCUGUUAGGUCAGGAUGUACAGGUCUAACAGUCCCUUUGGCCAUGACACCAGCAGCUAUGCAGGAUCCAUCCCGUCCACUGGUUAUUCCACCAUGGAUGAGGUGUCAUCACAGGUGUCAGGCCUGUCAAGGCCCAGUGCAAGGUCAAUUUACUUGCAGAGGAUGGAUUAUGCAGCAUCAUUAAACAAGAUGAUGGACAAAUUUCAGUACAGAGUGGAGCACUUAUUCACCUGUGAGCUGGAUGGGAGGGAGAUUAGAAACAUCACUGACUGUGUGGAGCGUCUGAAGCUGCUGGAGGAGAUGGGUCGUGUGUGGGGUCAGAACAUGCUGCUGGAGGUGCGAGACAGAAACCUGCUGCUCACAGACAUCGAAAGCAAGGAGGAGCUGGAUUCUUUGGCUCUCAGUGACAUCCAGGACCUACAGGCUGUGCUGGACGCUGGCGUGUUCAACUCCCUGCUCACAGUGUCAGUCCAACAAAGGAGAAAACACACCGUCACUGUCUACAUGUUCCAGUGUGACGACAUCAGGGCUGAUUAUGUCCAGAGGAAUCUUUUACAAGCGCUGUCAAGCAAGAAAGAGGAUUCAAGUAUCAGGAACGGAGGACCGACUGGACGUGAAAGAGUGAGAGCUAAACCUGUAGUUGAGCCGGUGCCACAGUGGAGUAGUCCUGACUAUGAUGAUAUUUCUGAGAUUGACCUGGACGAUGACAGAGCUGUGACUGAGGUACCAACUCUACGGCCACCUUACCGUGAAGAACCUCUGCCUCCUCCUCGAACGUACACAGAGGUGGACAGGAAUGUGGAUAUUUUGAAUCAUAUUUUUGCAGACAUAGAAAUCCUCAUGGGACAAGUAGCUGCAGCAGAAGCUACAAAUGCAAAGAAAAAGAAGAAAAAGAAAAAGGGGAAAGACAUGGAGGGAAUGCCCAGCACAGAAGAAUUUGCAACAUGUCUCCAUAAAAUCAAAUGCGGUCUCAACCUUCUGGGGGAGCUGAAUGGAAAGAUCAAUAAUCCCAGUGCUGCUGAUUUUGUUCACUCUUUGUUCUCCUCAUUAGCAUUUAUCGUACCUCACUGCCCUGAAACUCUGCCAUCGAACAUCGUGGCGCCGUUGCUGACGCCUCAAUGCAUCCGUCUCAUGAGUGAAGAGGCGUCUACGAAGGAGGACGAGCUGUGGCAGAGUCUGGGAGACCCCUGGAACAUCCCCAGCACUCAGUGGCCAGAGGAUGAUGAGGACAUCCCGACCUACACUCUGGAGUUCUAUGAUGGAUGGCAGCCUCCUGAAGUGAGGGAAGAACCUGCACCCGAGGAACCUGUGAGGAGGCAGGCAUCUAUGAGGAGACAAGAGAAUCCACCAGCUACAACCAGCCAGCAGGCUUCCAAACGGACAUCACCACGUUCUCCACAACAAGCUCGGCCAAUUGAGAGAAAGCAGAUGCGUGUUAAGACCGAUUUCCCCGCUAGAAACAUGAGAGAGCUCACCGUCAGUAAAGGAGAAAUGGUCGAGCUGCUGGAUAUGUCGAAGCAGUGGUGGAAAGUGAGGAACAACAGAGGGGAGGAAGGCUACAUACCCAAUAAUAUCCUGGAGUCUGAUGAGGAUAAACAUGACCAGGACGUUGAGGCUCCUCCUGUCCUGACAAAGAAAGCCAAACCAGCACAAGUGAAAGCCUGGCUCGAAGACAAGGGCUUCAGCAAAAUCACUGUGCGCUGUCUGGGCGGGCUGAGCGGCUCCAUGCUGCUGGGGAUGACCAGAGAGGAGCUGAAGUCAGUCUGUCCAGAGGAAGGAGGGCGAGUCUUCUACCAGUUACAGUUAGUCAAGUCUGCCUUGGCUGUUGCCAGCUUGGACAGAUCAACUUGAUGGUAAAAAGGACAUCGAGGAAGACGCAAGAGAGGAAAUCUUGAACAGAAACAUUGUGAGAUACUGUAAACUUUAAGCUAAUAUUAAGCAAUAGAAAAGAGAUCAGGUAUAAAGUUGGUUAUAAUUUAUUCUCUUCUGAAAUCAAGUCAUUUGCUAUAUACUGUCUUAAUGUAAAUGUAAAAUAUAACAAUGAAGCUGCAUCACUGCAUUUAUUUUAUUAUUUAAAAAUCUAUGAUGCUUCUAUAAUGAUUUGCAUUCUUUAUGUAUAUUUUGAUAGGGUACCUUAACUUUCCAGCAAUAUUUAAGCUAGCAAGCUACCAUUUUAAACUGAAGACACCACAGAGCUCCACACCACCAUGUGCUCUGCUACAUGCGCUGCUGGAAUCAACGGUCGGAGCUGCUCUGCUGCACAAACUGCAAUGAGUUCAAUCUUUUUUUUUUUUGCAUUAUGUUCUAUCAAAAUUUUCACAUCCAUGCAUAUCACACAUCGUGUACACAGAUGUUGAUAAUUGCGUCAGGCUGGAAUUAUGUGAUUAAAUGUAAACUGAAGCACAUUAGAAAGUACACUUAGUGCAGCGUGUAAAAAUACAUUUGUGCAUAAAUUAAUUCUGCAACAGAAAGCAGGAGCCUAAUUCUUGUGUUCAUUUUGUAACCUGUAAAUAAAAUUCAAGUCUGAUACA